UCGAUAUUACUAAAUUGGGGAGGAGAGGAAACCCUAGAUUUGGUUCAGAGAUGGCAGUGACGGUACCGGAGCUGCUUCCGACGGAUUUGGUAGAGGAGAUACUCUGUCGCGUUCCAGCAACGUCUCUGAAACGCUUACGAUCUACUUGCAAAGCAUGGAACCUUUUAAUCAAAGAUGAUCGGAGAUUCGCAAGUAAGCAUUUCGAUAAUUCCACAAAACAGUUUAUGCCUCUUUUGUUGAGAAAUGACAACAACAUUUUUCCGGUUAGCAUCAAUCUCCAUGGAAGUAGUAGUCCAUCUGUAGAAUUGAAAACUGAGCUAAUCGAUCCUGCUGAUUCUAAGAACUCAUCAGCAGCUCGAUUUUAUGUAACUCGAAUCUUUCACUGCGAUGGCUUGUUGUUAUGCACCUCCGAAGUCUACGAAUAUACAGUCUUGGUUUGGAACCCUUUGAUGGGUGAAACAAGGUGGAUCAGAACCGGCGCUUUUCGCAAAGAAGGCCGCCGCAACUUUGAACUCGGGUACUGCUACUACCAAGAUGGCAACAACAAAUCCUGGAAUAAUAAGAGAUACAAGGUGUUGAGCUUUUAUAGUGGUACCAAGUAUUUUGAUAUCUACGAUUUUAAGUCUGACUCGUGGAAGAGCCUUGAUGAUGAUGAUAACAUGGCUCCAGGGGGGAGCACUGCAUACUCUGAACUCAGCGUGUCUUUGAAGGGGAAUGCUUACUGGUUCGUCAGAGAUGUAACAAAAACGACUCGGAUCAUAUCUUUACUCAAGUUUGAUUUUACAAAGGAGAGAUCUGUGCCUGUGCCUCUUCCUUAUCAGAGUCGUCGUUUUGAAGCUACUAGUCUUUCCGUUGUUAGAGAAGAGAAACUUUCUGUGUUGUUGCAGCGAGAUAGACGUUCCAAGACUGAGAUAUGGGUGUCAAAUGUGAUUGAUGAGGAGACCACCUCAGUGGUGUCUUGGAGCAAGGUCUUAGCAUUGGAUUUGAGCCCUGAUCUUCAGAUUUGGCAUGAUGUAACUUUCUUGUUAGGGGAGGAGAAGAAAGUCGUCGUUUGUUGUGAGACCGCAAUUGACGUGGAGGUAGAUGUGGACAUAUCCAGAGACAUGAUCUACAUUGUUGGGGAGGAUAAUGUGGUCACUCAUGUGAAACUGGGAGUAAAUGAAAUUGAUGGAUGUCGCCCAACUCUUCUUAAUUAUGUUCCAAGUCUGGUUCAAAUCGAGCAAGCUGGAGGGAAACAGGAUAAGAGGUAACUAAAACACCGUCUACAUGUAAUCUCUUUCCUUUGAGUUUGUGUUUCUCUUAAGUUGUCUUGGUCAUGUUCUUUCAGUUUCAAGCUUUUCUAAUUCAAUGAGAUAAGGUGAUACAGAGAAAAAACAUGUACUAAGCUUUCUUUCACCUGGUCUCUUCUUUGAGUUUUCUUUUUCACCCAAUUCACCUUCCAAGUUGUACCAAUUAAGCCAAGCAUGGUAUUUUGCAAAUAUACCACCAAUUGGUGUUUUCUCAAUAUCUUACAAAUACACUCCUUAAAAGUUGCAAAUAUUGGACCAGAAAACAGCCCCCAAAUUACUCGAAACCACAACUUUGCUUGUUUCGUAUGUAUAUUGUAACUUGCGAGGCAAGGAUGAAGAGAUAUCGCUGAGUAAGGUAACAUGAGCUUAAGAUCAAGCACCAGCAAGACUACAAUGACCUUAAGUAACGUUCAGCGAUCUCCUAAACCUUGUUCUGUAAUUCUUACUUAAAAAAAAAACCGAAUAACAAUACUAAACAGUCCAUAAUAUUAAAAUCUUACUGAACAACAGGGACUCAUGUUAGCUCCAGAUCUUCUCAGUGUUUAUGUCAUUUCAUCAAAAAUGUAAUAAACUAGUAUCAGUUAUUUUGGACAAAAAUUGAAGAGAAA